CGGUGGUAGGGGCCUUCUCGGUGACAACUCCAACAUCGGGUAAGGAACUCUUACAUAAAUUCUUAUUCUCUGUUGCCAGAUAUAAAAGGUUCAGCAUGGAGAUUCCCACUUUUCCUGCUCUACUAUGCAUCCAGCCCUCGACCCCAUAGCAGAUCUUUCAAAAUUCAUUUCAUCGGUUCCAUCACAUGUGGACUGGUCAAAGAUCUCACUCUAUUGCUGCCUUGUCUCUAUUAGUGCAAGUCCCUUGGUGUGGAAUGUAGUUGGGAGAAAUGAAUACCGCAACAAGACCUUGACCAGACUAGUCGGGCCUCAUGUAGGCUGUGGGUUUCUGGGUGUCUCAAUAUUUCUGGCCGGAUUGUACCGGGAUGUAUUAUACAAGAUCGCUCUUCACGACCAGCCAAAAUAUCCUCUACCCUACGAAGUACAAACUAUAAUUGCGUGGAUCAUCUUUGGGGCUGGUAACUUCCUCGUCGCCACUUCUUUCAUUGCCCUCGGAUUCUAUGGAACAUACCUCGGCGACUACUUCGGGAUUCUCCUCAAGAAACGUGUGACCCAGUUCCCGUUCAAUGUCUUGAAUGACCCUAUGUACGUGGGCAGUACGAUGUGUUUUGUUGGGGCGUCGUUAUGGUAUGAGCGUCCGGUGGGACUGCUGAUAUCCGUAUACGUAACCUGGACCUACUACGUCGCAUUACGCUAUGAAGGACCUUUCACUGACAUGAUCUAUAACCACACGGAAUUGGCGGCGAAGUCCAACAAUCAGAUUAACUGCAUGACAUGAUGGUUAUCGUACAACUGGCAGUCUUCUUGACUGAAGACUGUAAGCAACUAUUUACGGUACAUAAACAAUCACUGGCCCCAAAUUAGUUUCCUGGAAAGCUAUACAUUCUCACACUUGGAGGUUCUUUUCACUUGUAUGUGACCGCUAUUUUCGAGGUUCAACUCCUCGAGGGUAUCAACGACGGUUGUGUCGCUUUGCGUCGGCAAAGCGUCGGACGUGAGACUCCAACUUGUAUGCGUAAUCGUAGACUGGCAGCUACCAGAACCAACAGG